AUGGGUGAAAGCAAGUGUCCCGUCAACUUUGCCGGUGGUGGCACCCGCAACAAGGACUGGUGGCCCGAUCAGUUGCGGUUGAACAUCCUCCGUCAACAUACCUCCGCCUCCAACCCCCUGGAUGCCGACUUCGACUAUGCCGCGGCCUUCAACAGCCUUGAUUAUAAUGCCCUCAAGAAGGACCUGGAGGCUCUCAUGACCGACUCGCAGGACUGGUGGCCCGCCGACUUUGGCCACUACGGCGGUCUGUUCAUCCGGAUGGCCUGGCACAGCGCCGGCACCUACCGUGUCUUUGAUGGCCGCGGUGGCGCUGGACAGGGCCAGCAGCGCUUCGCCCCCUUGAACAGCUGGCCCGACAAUGCCAGUCUGGACAAGGCUCGUCGGCUGUUGUGGCCGAUCAAGCAAAAGUACGGCAACAAGAUCUCCUGGGCCGAUCUGAUGAUCCUGGCCGGGAACGUCGCCCUCGAAUCCAUGGGCUUCAAGCCCUUUGGCUUCUCCGGUGGCCGUGCGGAUACCUGGGAGGCGGAUGAGUCCGUCUACUGGGGUGGCGAGAAGACCUGGUUCCCCAAGGGUAACGACGUGCGCUACCCCAACGAUGACAUCUAUACCCGCGACCUCGAGAACCCGCUGGCCGCCUCCCACAUGGGUCUGAUCUAUGUCAACCCCGAGGGUCCCAACGGCAACCCGGACCCCAAGGCCGCCGCCCGCGACAUCCGGGUGACCUUUGGCCGCAUGGCCAUGAACGACGAGGAGACCGUCGCCCUCAUUGCCGGUGGUCACUCCUUUGGCAAGACCCACGGCGCCUCGUCGGGCGACCACUGUGGCCCCGAACCCGAAGCGGCCGGACUCGAGGCCCAGGGGUUGGGAUGGCAGAGCAAGUACGGCUCCGGCAGCGGCCGGGACGCCAUCACCAGUGGCCUGGAGGUGACCUGGACCAAGACCCCCACGCGCUGGAGCACCAACUUCCUCGAGUACCUCUUCGCCUUUGACUGGGAGCUGACCAAGAGCCCCGCUGGUGCCAACCAGUGGGUGGCCAAGAAUGCCGACGCCAUCAUUCCCGACGCCUUUGACCCGUCCAAGAAGCACAAGCCGCAGAUGCUCACCACCGAUCUGGCGCUGCGCUAUGACCCGGCCUAUGAGAAGAUCGCCCGCCGCUUCUUGGAGAACCCGGAUCAGUUUGCCGAUGCCUUUGCGCGCGCCUGGUUCAAGCUCACCCACCGUGACAUGGGCCCUCGGGCUCGUUACGUGGGACCCGAGGUGCCGUCCGAGGUGCUCAUCUGGCAGGACCCCAUCCCCGCCGUCAACCACCCUCUGGUGGAUGCGUCGGACAUCGCCUCUCUGAAGCAGGCCAUCCUGAACUCGGGUGUGGACCGCUCCAAGUUCGUCUCCACCGCCUGGGCGGCUGCCUCGACCUUCCGCGGCGGCGACAAGCGCGGUGGUGCCAACGGGGCCCGCAUCCGCCUCGCUCCUCAGCGUGACUGGGAAGUCAACAACCAGCCCUGGCUGAAGGAGUCUCUCGCUGCGCUGGAGAAGAUCCAGAGCAGCUUCAACGGCUCUCGGUCCGAUCGGAAGAAGAUCUCGCUGGCGGAUCUCAUCGUCCUCGCCGGGUGCGCAGCGGUGGAGAGUGCGGCGCAGGAGGCCGGUCACGCCGUCUCCGUCCCCUUCACGCCGGGCCGCAUGGACGCCUCGCAGGAAGAGACCGACGUGGAGUCGUUCAGCCACAUGGAGCCAGUCGCGGACGGUUUCCGCAACUACAGCACGGCGCCCACGCGCCGCCGCGCGGAGCACUACCUCGUCGACAAGGCCCAGAUGCUCACGCUGUCGGCGCCUGAAAUGACCGCGCUGGUGGGUGGUCUUCGUGCGCUGAACGCCAACUACGAUGGCUCCGCGCACGGUGUGUUCACCUCCCGCCCCGGCUACCUGACAAACGACUUCUUUGUCAACCUCCUCGACAUGGGCACCACCUGGAAGCCGACGGACGCGUCCGGCGAGCUGUACGAGGGCGCGGACCGCCGGACGGGCAGCAAGAAGUGGACGGCCACGCGCGUUGACCUGGUCUUUGGCUCCCACGCCGAGCUGCGGGCCAUCGCGGAGGUGUAUGGCAGCUCCGAUGGCGAGCGCAAGUUUGUGAAGGACUUUGUGGCGGCCUGGAACAAGGUGAUGAACCUUGACCGGUUUGACCUGAAGCGAGAGAAUGUUCCGGCGCGGCUGUAA